CCUUUCUGCGCCGGAAAUACGUCAUCUUCCUCUUCCGCCGCUGCUCCGGCGCUUGAAACACGAGUGCUGAUCGUUUCUCUUCGGUGUGAAUAACCUGGACCUGCAGAAUGAGACCCAUCCUGCUCCAGGGCCACGAGAGGUCCAUCACUCAAAUCAAGUACAACAGAGAAGGAGACCUGCUCUUCUCUGUAGCCAAAGACACGGUGACCAACGUGUGGUACUCUGUCAACGGAGAGAGGCUCGGCACCUACAAUGGACACACAGGAGCUGUGUGGUGUGUCGACUGUGACUGGGACACUAAGAACGUAUUGACGGGAUCAGCAGACAACAGCUGUCGACUGUGGGACUGUCAGACCGGUAAACAGCUGGCCCUGUUCGAGACCAACUCUGCUGUCAGAACGUGCGGCUUCGACUUCAGCGGCAACAUCAUCAUGUUCUCCACAGACAAGCAGAUGGGCUACCAGUGCUUCCUGAACUUCUUUGACCUGAGGGAUCCACAGCAGAUCGAGGACAACCAGCCCUACCUGUCGAUACCCUGCGCUGACCACAAGAUAACCAGUGCUGUGUGGGGACCUGGGGAGUUCGUCAUCGCUGGCCAUGAGAACGGAGAGUUCAACCAGUUCAGCGCCAAGUCUGGAGAGAUCAUCAAGAAGGCCAAGGAGCACACCAAGCAGAUCAACGACAUCCAGACAUCAGUGGACCUCACCAUGUUCAUCAGUGCCUCCAAGGACAACACUGCAAAGCUGUUUGACUCCGCCACUAUGGAUCAUAUCAAGACUUUCAAGACAGAGAGACCUGUCAACUCUGCUGCCAUCUCCCCCAUUAUGGAUCAUGUGGUGAUGGGAGGUGGACAGGAGGCCAUGGAGGUCACCACUACCUCCACCAGGAUCGGCAAGUUUGAGGCCAGGUUCUUCCAUGCUGCCUAUGAAGAGGAGUUUGGCAGGGUCAAGGGUCAUUUCGGCCCCAUCAACUGUGUGGCAUUCCACCCCGAUGGCAAGAGUUACAGCAGUGGAGGAGAGGACGGAUACACUAGGAUUCAUUACUUUGACCCACAGUACUUUGACUUUGAACUGGAGGCAUAAACAGUCCGGCUCCUUGACCACACAGCUUCAGCUCACGCCGUACUCAGUCCAGUCAGGAAGAAGGAUCAACAGACUCGAGUGCAUUUACCGUCUACUUACAACCUCCCCUCAUUCCCUUCAUCUGAACUGAUCUGUCAUCAGUGUACUUUUUCACCAAUUGCUUCAAAUAAAGGUAAAGAGGUCAGAGCAGGUGACUGCAUCUCAGAGACGAGAGUUUUUGGUGUUUUUUUUAUUAAUUUUUCUAACAUCACUUGGAAGCUCUCUUGGUUGGAUCAGAAGCAGUUUUUCUACCCUGGACCCGUGAAGCGAUCGUGACUGGACUUCAAAACUCACACUCCCUGAUACCCAAUUUAAUUUAAUCUGAUUCUACAAAUAAGUAGAAUUUGAGUUGAUAUAUUUUCUGUUCUGCCAUUCCACAUUAAUUCACUUAUAAAAUUUACUGAAUCCAA